CAACAACCACAACCACCACCACCACCACCGCGAUCUCACCAGCCGCAGCCGCAGCCGCACCAUUGCUGUCCGCCAGCCUCAGAUUCACCCUCCAUUCCGACCAUCAUCAAUAUUGUGUGUGUGCGCGCGCUCCUGCACGCACCUGCCUCAACUCGACAACGGCCCGCAUUGCUCAGCCGUCACCGUCACACCUGACCUGACCUGACCCGACCUGACCUCGAGCACCUGCCACAGGCCACAGCCUACCCUCCCAGCGCCUAUACCUCUUCACUACCGCGACUCGCGCGGUGCACUGCGAACAGCAGCCAAAACGGACCUCCUCUGCGCAACCUCGAAAUCUCCUCACCAGCUGCUGAAUAGCAGCCCGCCCUACUCGCGAUAGCAAGUCACACCUGCGCGUGACCACCACAGCCGCUCCCUACAAUGUCGCAGAAUCGCCCAUCGGCGUUCUCAGGAUUAAGGAUGGGUGAAGUCAUUCGCGAAAAAGUGCAGGAUGGCCUGACCGGCGAGACCAAGGAAAUGCAGUAUACGCAAUGCAAGAUCGUGGGCAAUGGCAGCUUUGGAGUAGUCUUCCAGACCAAACUCUCCCCUUCUGGCGAGGAUGCAGCCAUCAAGCGGGUCCUGCAGGACAAGCGCUUCAAGAACAGAGAACUCCAGAUCAUGCGAAUCGUCCGUCAUCCAAAUAUCGUCGAACUGAAGGCGUUCUAUUACUCCAACGGAGAGAGGAAAGAUGAAGUCUAUCUCAACCUCGUCCUCGAAUUCGUGCCGGAGACCGUGUAUCGGGCCUCGCGACACUUCAACAAGCUGAAGACCACCAUGCCGAUUUUGGAGGUCAAGCUCUACAUCUAUCAACUCUUCCGCUCACUGGCCUACAUCCACUCGCAGGGCAUCUGCCACAGAGAUAUCAAGCCUCAAAACUUACUUCUGGACCCUCACUCUGGUAUUUUGAAGCUGUGUGACUUUGGCUCUGCAAAGAUUUUGGUGGAGAACGAGCCAAAUGUCUCCUACAUCUGCUCCAGAUACUACCGUGCGCCAGAACUCAUCUUCGGUGCUACUAACUAUACCACCAAGAUCGAUGUCUGGUCCACUGGUUGCGUCAUGGCGGAGCUGAUGCUGGGUCAGCCGCUUUUUCCAGGCGAGUCCGGUAUUGACCAGCUGGUGGAGAUAAUCAAGGUGCUUGGCACGCCGACUCGCGACCAAAUUCGCACUAUGAACCCGAAUUACAUGGAGCACAAGUUCCCGCAGAUCAAGCCGCAUCCAUUCAGCAAGGUGUUCCGUAAGGCCGACCCGAACGCAAUCGAUCUGAUCUCGCGACUACUUGAAUACACGCCGACGCAGCGCCUUUCGGCGGUUGACGCCAUGGUGCAUCCAUUCUUCGACGAGCUCAGAGAUCCGAGUACGAGACUGCCGGAUUCGCGCCAUGCAGGAGGCGCGAGCAAAGACCUGCCCAAUCUGUUCGAUUUCUCUCAUCAUGAACUUUCGAUUGCGCCGCACCUCAACCACCAGCUUGUGCCGGCUCACAUGAAGUCCGUAUUAGCGGAGAAGGGCCUCGACAUCGACAACUUGACACCGCUCACCAAGGAUCAAAUGAUGGCACGCCUGGAUUGAGAGAUUCACGGGGCACUCACACUCAAGAAAUCUCUCUCACACACUCGCUCUAAAAGCAUCAGCUUUCUAUCAUGAAGUCACGCAGCGAUGCAUUGUCACGGUCACAGACGGCGUUCGAACGGGCCUGGAGUCUUCGGCGAAGCUGAGCUGGAGACUUGGAAAUAGCAUACACCUCAAUCUCGACAAUGGAUGCGCGUGCUUUUGGCUCAACACGCAUACGGACUGACGACGAAAUCCUACUAGCAAGAAAUGCCCUGGUUGCUACUCUCAUCACAAGGUAGAUGUUCUCUUCUGCGCGAUAUGGAUGUGCAAGUAGAGGAAGUAGCUGGAGCCUUUCUUCUUCUUGGCUGGAAUGAAAUGGAUCUACUAUCAAAUGGGGCGCGCGGGAAAUGAGACGCAAGUUCGACAACUCAAAAAUUUGGCUCUAGGCGUCUGGCUAAUGAUGAAAACUGCUUGUGAUGCCCUCGACCGAAAUGUACUCAUGGAGCCGGUAGCAUAGGAGGAGCUCGUAUGGGGCUUCUGCGAAGCCUACACAUACUCGGGUGUUUGAUAUCAUGCGGCGAUUCUGGGCACAUGCCGUAGUGAUCUCCUCAGAUGGCUGGUUUUGGCCACGAAUAGAUUUCUCUUCAAAAAGCGAUGUCUUCCCCG